CGCGGGAGAUCGUUAAAGGACAAAGGUAAGAGAGAGCGGCAGCCAGCGAGGGACAGGGAAGACUUGGAGUCGGAGCCAGAGAAUCGGAGGGAGUGCGGGCGAGGCGGCUGCCGCUGCUGCUGCUGCUGCUGCUGCUGCUGCUGCAACCGCUGCAACGGCUGCAGCUGCUGCAGCCGCCGCCGGUGGCUGGGAGAGCUGCCGGGGGAAGCGAGACUCGGGACUCCAGCUGCUGCUGCUGCUGCUGCUGCUGCUGCUGCUGCUGCUGCUGCAACCGUGGCCGGUGCAACGAGUGCGCGGGGGGCCCGGGGUGCCCGGGGUGCCCGGGGUGCAGCGGGUGCCACGGUGGCCGCCCCCUCCGCCCCGGCGAGGAUGCCGAGCAUGGGGUCGGGCCGCCGGGCUCUGUGCGUGGUGCCCGCGGUGCUGCUGGCCCUCAGCCUCCCCGGCCCGGCCGUCCGGGCGCAGAACGACACGGAGCCCAUCGUGCUGGAGGGCAAGUGCCUGGUGGUCUGCGACUCCAACCCCGCCGCCGACUCCAAGGGCUCCUCGUCGUCCCCGCUGGGGAUCUCCGUCCGGGCCGCCAACUCCAAGGUGGCCUUCUCGGCCGUCAGGAGCACCAACCACGAGCCGUCCGAGAUGAGCAACAAGACAAGGAUUAUUUACUUCGACCAGAUCCUAGUAAAUGUGGGGAAUUUUUUCACAUUGGAGUCUGUCUUUGUAGCACCAAGGAAAGGAAUUUACAGUUUCAGUUUUCAUGUAAUUAAAGUCUAUCAGAGCCAAACUAUCCAGGUUAAUCUGAUGUUAAAUGGAAAACCAGUAAUUUCUGCCUUCGCUGGGGACAAAGAUGUAACUCGUGAAGCUGCUACUAAUGGAGUCCUACUCUAUCUAGAUAAGGAGGACAAGGUGUAUCUGAAACUGGAGAAAGGUAAUCUGGUUGGAGGCUGGCAGUAUUCUACGUUUUCUGGCUUUCUGGUGUUUCCCCUGUAAAGUCUGAUUUCUCUGUGACAUCCAUCCAGGUGUGGAGCAGCCAAUUCCUCUGUUAUUUGAAGAUCAUUUUAUCAUCAUUGGAUUGAUGUUUCUUUAUUGGUUUCUCAUGGGUGAAUAUGGAUUCUCUUGAAGGCUUUUGGGCCUUUCUGAACUACUCUGAAGUUUCAUAAAAUUCUGGUGUGUUUAAGUAUAUUUGGAUUAAGACUUAAAGCAGACAAUACGUAUCUAUGCUUAAUGUAACAUUCUACAGCAGCCUGCAAGAUUUAUUCGGUUUUCGUUUACUGGACUUAUUGGAUUCAUUGGAGAAGUGGAAUUCUUUUGCUUUGAAACGACUGGCAACCAGGUUAUGAUUUAGGAAAAUUUCAGUUCUCACUUCAAUCAAGAAUUAGCGCGUUGCUGCCAAAGAACUGUGUACUUAUGGGUUAUCUUUGCUUUCUGAUCCUGUGGACUUAGUUUGUUUUGCUCACCCAGGGUUGUGAUUCAACGACUGGCUGUAUGUCUUCUCGACGUUUAGCGUACUGGAUGGUUCACCCAUAUAUUUACCUUGAAUCAGUGAUCACAAACGUGGCUAUCCUGAAGGAGAUUAAUCGCAUCACAGUUGUAUUUUAAUUGUACAAGUGAAAGAGUCCUAUUUUCCAAAUGAUAUUUUCUAAUAGCAAGAAUAGAUCAUAAUUCUAGAAACAAAUAAACAAACAAAUAAAAUCCCUUGCUUACCAUUGUUAGAAGUGAUCACUCCGUAAAAUUCUGCAAAACAGUUUCCCCCUGCAGGAAAUCUUACACUUUAUUCUUCAAUUUUAAUUAACAUGAUUUAUAAUAACCACUUUAUUAAAAACCUAAGGGAUUCUUGCCUUAGACACAACCACUUUAUUAGCUGGAUAUGAGAUCCCCUUGUUUUUAAUUAUGUCUAUUUUUCAAGCCUUCUGUUGUGUUAGAGGUAUCAUCUGGUUUUGCCUUAACUCCUCAAAUGUAUAUAAUUGUAGAUCAUCUGUUUAGCUGAUAUUAAAUCCAAAUAACUAGUAUCUGAAUUUGGUGCAAUAUUUUUGUCUUUUGUAAAGGUCAUAUGAAUUCAUAAAUUUAUUAAUUAUGUCAUAAACAUAAUAAAGGUUAAUAUAUGUUAGAUGAAUGAUCUUUACUGUCGGGUCUGGAAGAAAAAUGUAUUCUGUGAUUUGUUUCUUGGUGUUCUCCUCUGUCCAAGGCAAGGAUCCCAAAUGUGAGGAACAUGUCCUCCAAAUUAGUAUAGGAAAUCUUUACCGUUUUUAAUCGGGCUAAAUACUGCAGACGUGCAACAUGCAGAAAGAUAAUCAAUGGACUUAGAAAACACUUUUCUCAGAGACAUUUAUCAUUUGGACACUCAGACAUUCAAAAACUUAUGUCACUGAUGAAUGAGAUGCUGGGAAAGGAUCGACAACUCAGAAUAUGAAGAAGGAAGUCAUUUCAGGCCUAACAUAAUACUCUGGCAUGACAGAAUGAUCCUUUCCCCUUUUUUAGGAGUCCCCCCCCACCCUUUUUUUCCCAGUGGUGAUUCUUCUGGAGAUUAGACAGCCUGCAGCCAGCUAGGUAGAAUGGAAACUAGAUUGUAAACUCCUUGAAGGCAGGGAUCGAGUCUACCACCUCUGAUAUACUGUACUCCCCUAAAUGCUAAGUACAGUGCUCUGCCCAAAGUAAGCACUCAGUAAGCAUCAUUAAUUGCUUAAUUCACAUAUUUUGGAAGUCCAGUCAGUGGGGGUGGCUGGGUCCUCUGCGUAAUUGAUUCGGUGUUGCAGUUUGAUAGGAAAUGGGAACCCGGGCCUCAAGAAGGUCUGCUUUGCAUUUUGAAUCUUUACAUUUUUGGCAUUUCAUUUAAUCACUAGCAAACGUACAUGGAGAAUUCCAAAAGAAGAUGUUCAACCAUGCAUUUUAAGAAAUCUAGCCAAGGACACCGUAACCUUUUACUUGAAAAGUUGCUUCCUACCUAGUUAUAUGAGAAAAUUACUUGUAAAAUUUUGACUGCUCACUUUCCUGGUCAAAAGAUAAAUAACGAAAUGGGAAUCUAUGCAUUGAGCCGUGUAAAAAGAAUAUGUGAUACUGUUUGCAGGAUGCAUUUAAAGGUUCUCUAAAGCAAUUCCAGUCUUUUGGAUCCAUCCAAAAUGCCCUUUGAGAAUUUGACUAAAGACUAAGUUUGCCUUAGAACCACUGCCUUGUAAAAGUUUCUGUACACAGAAGCCGCAUUUCUUUCUUAAUGUUGUCAUUCUUACUCGAUGAAGUAUGCUGUUUAUUGGUUCUGGCAAAUGGGUUCGGAUUCAUUUUGUGUUGCCAAUAUCUAUGUAAAACGUAGCGAAGCAAUUUAGGUGGUGAUUAAAACACAGAACUAUGUAUAUGUGGAAUCUUUCCUAACCCCCUUCUGAGGUCAAAAUUCUGAGCUGCUCAUUAUUUUACGUGAAGUGCCAAAUCAUGCAAAAUACAGAGAAUGACUUGACCUUCCAAUACUCUGGAGUACCAAAAUAAUGCUAGGAAGGAAAAAUGUAGUUGGAGCUUCACAUACAACCCAGCUUCCUGCAGACUGUGGUUUGAAAACUUGUUGUGCACAAAGGUCUCUGCUCCAGUGGAACAAUAGCGGAGCACUGAGGAAAUUUCCAAAUCUGUACAGCAUCCAUGAAGGUCUUAGAAACGUAACUUGAACUGAAAUAAAAAUGCCUGUUUGUUCA